AUGUCAAAUAUGUUUAGAGUAAUAUACUUUUAACACAAAAACGGUUAAAAUUCCACUUAAAUAGGCUAUAAACUCCUCUGUGGCUGCACUUUCUGCCUCGAAUGUCUUACAGGCUACUUCGAAUAGAAAAUAAGCCAAGAACUAGAUGUUAUUAUUGAAAAUAUAGUCUGUCCAAAUGCUGAUUGUCCCAAAAAAUCAUUAAAUUUUAUCGAUAUAGAAAAUAUUUUGACUAUAAUAGGUAAAUAAGAAUUAUUAGAUAAACUAAGUAAUAAAGAUAUUUUAUAAAAAUACCAAAAAAAAGUAAUAAAAUCAAGAAACUUUUGA